AUGGCGCCGGUAGGUAGGCACGGAUUGUGUACGCCGGCCUGUUCUGGCCUGUGGGGUGGGGAGGCUGUUUGGUGUGGCCUACAGUGGUUUUUUGCCCAUCGGCUGAUCAUUCCGGGUCGAGUUGACCGAGCCGGAGCCUUUGAGACAGGCAAUGGUUGUGCCAUUUCGCCCGCCGGUCGUCAAGUGACCGGACUAAAGGGGCGUCUGGGACGACUGGGCGUUGGGACUCAAAAAUUACUCUAUCGCAGGACAGACGAAAUCUCAGCGCGGAAUCGUCGACUUCGCAGGGGUGUAGGGCAACUGGAAAGUCGAGCCCACGAAGCCAGACAAGCAACUCUCGAAAUUAUCUGA